AAAACAGGGGGCGGAUACAGAGAGUUUGCUCCUGUAAGACAGCGCCGAGGGUUGAAAACCCCACUCAGGCCAGCACAUCCAUGGUUGUAGCGUCCGCGGCUUGUGUUUUCUGGGUCGGAAUGUGAAGCAUGGCCGGAGAAGGCGAAAAGAAACCGGUGCUAGAGAUGGUCCAGGCUGAUGGAGCCGAUGAGGGCUGUGUGACAUUUGUGCUGCACGAUGAAGAUCACACGCUGGGCAACUCCCUCAGAUACAUGGUUAUGAAAAAUGCGGAUGUGGAGUUUUGUGGAUACAGCAUCACUCAUCCAUCUGAAAGCAAGAUCAACUUCCGCAUCCAGACACGAGGAGGAAUACCUGCCACAGAGCCACUGCGGAAAGGUCUGAAUGACCUCAGUGAUGUUUGUCAGCAUGUUCUCAACACCUUUCAGGCAAGAGUUGAUGAGUUUAAAGCAAAGCAGGAGCAACCCAUGGAGUGAGAGGCAUCGCACAGCCCUGUUGGAUGACGGCGCUAUCUCAGGCGCACACACACAAACACACAGUAAAAGAAUUAUGGUGACAGUUACCUUGACUUUCCCUUUUGAACAACAUCGUAAAAGUUCUGCUAGUUAGAGAAUGUUCUGAAAAAUGAUCCAGCUCCUUCAAAAUAUUUUGGUCAUGCCACAUUAAAACAGAACAUUUGUACAGUUCUCUUUUGUAUUUUGUACGGAUUGAUGUAUAUUGUGAGAUGUAUCUGAAUUUUGUGUUUGUCAGGUCAUUUUCCUGGAAUGCAGGAGUGAUGAAAGGAAAAAUAAAAGACAAUAUUUUAACAAAAAA